AUGGCGCCUGAAGACGAACACGAAGGCGCCUCCGCAAAGGAGAUCCUCAUCGAGGCCUGCCGGCGCAACAACGUCGAGCUGAUGCAGGAGACGCUCGAGGGCAAGAGUGAGAAGGAGGUCGCGGACCUGCUGAACAACACAACAACCGUCAUGGGCAACCACCUAUACCACGAGGCCGCUGCCCAGGGAAACUACGAGAUCAUCGACUUCCUCCUCGACCAGGACAACUUCGAGUGCGACCCCACAAACCGGCGGGAGGGCGACACGCCGCUGCACUCGGCGGUGCGGUGGAUCAACAGCGAGCCCGAGGCGCAGCGCGAGUUCGGCAACGCCCUGGUCGACAUGAUGCUCGAGGCCGGGUCCAACCCGCGCGCCAAGAACAAGGGCGGCCUGACCGCCUUCCAGCUCGUCGACCCGCGCAACACGGGCCUGCGCGACCUGAUACAGAAGCACGAGUACGCCGCGCUCAACAAGGGCGACUUUGUCCAGAGCUCCAACUCGGGCGCGGACGGGGUCAUCAGCGCGCCCAUGCUGGACGCGGACAGCGACGACGACGCCGAGUUCAGCGGGAGCGACGACGAGGAGAGGGCCGAGUGGGAGCGGAGGAGGAAGCAGAAGGCCGCCAAGAAGGGCUGA